AAGGCCCGCCCCGUCUCGCCGCCACCGCCGCUCUUCACGCCGGUUGUGAAGCGGCGGGAGGAGACGGGGCCGGUGCCGGCGCCGGCUCGGGUCCUCCCGGCUCCUCUCGCCCUCCCGGCGGGGCUGUGGAGCUGCCGUUUCCCUCCCUUCCCCGGGGGGUAGCGGGGCGGGGCGCGGCCUCCUCCCCGUAGCCGCCGGCGGGUUUUUGCCCUCACCUCAGCCCCGAGGCGGCCUGCCGAGGGGUGACCCGCCGCGGGGCCGGCCGUGCCCCGGUGCCCCUCCCGCGGGGCUGAGCGGGCCCCGACAGCCGCCGGCGGGGCUCGGCUCGGCCUGAGCGGUUGCCGGCGGGGUACAGCGUCGCCGAGGAGGGGCCCCCGCCGCCGGCCGGGGUGGGGGGGGAAGGCGGGCGGCCGGCGCCAUGUGGCAGAGCAUCGGGCUGACCUUGCUGGUGAUCGUGGCCACCCUGGCCUGCGUGCUGCUCUUCAUGCUGUGCGGCUGGUACGUGGUCUGGCAAUUGUUUUUGUCUAAAUUCAAAUUCCUGAGGGAAUUGAUAGGUGAUACAGGGUCCCAACAGGGAGACAACGAGCCUUCAGAGGCUGAAGCUGAACAGGAGAUUCCACCCUCGCCUCAGAGAAGCAGGCAGAAACCUGCUCGACAGCGAAGGGCACCUACAGAAGACACAACUUAAAAUACUCCAUUGAACUUCUGACUAACUAUGAACGGUUAAGCACCUCUGCACUGUGUCAUUCAGUGGUUUGAUCUUACUGAAAAACUGACUUAAGAGGUAAUAUUAACACCUGUGGACCUUUACUUCUGAACUACCAAUGUAUGCUUCUUCAGUAGGGGUUCAGGGAGGGCUUCAGCAGCAAAUCAUAGAAUCCUGGAAGAAAGGAGGGGUGGAGAGAAAUCUCCAUCAGAAAAAUGCUGAGCUCCUGUAACUCCUGUCUCUGUACACAGAUUAAAACCAGGUCCUGGACGAUAGGCUUAGCCUUUGCAUUAGUCUGAACACAGUAAACGAUUCAGACUUGAAAUGGUUUGUAAAUUAUUUUUUCUUCACAGCACUGUAACUACAUAUAGUGAAAUUGGGUUUUAUUUCCUUAGCUAUAUAUGAAUAUAUUUUUUUCUUCAACCUUGAGAAUGCAUGUGAACUUGAAAAAGUUGAAAGAAUAUCCUGCUUUAGAAAGUAUUCUGAAGUGAGAGUUUUUUAAGUUGCAUUCUUAUAUAUAUAAAAAGUAUAAGUGAAAUAUGAAAAACAAUAUUAGAUGCACAUGAUUUGGAGGUUUUUAUUAUCCCCUUUUUUUAAAAAAAAAAAGGAAUCGUGUGGCAAGACCUGUUUUCUUGGUUUUGACAUAAGAAGGGUUACAGGUUAAACAGUCCUGCUAGGUUUCUGUAUGUUUCUCCUGAACCUUUUACUCAAAGCCCAACUUGUGUUGGAGGGGGGAAGGUGCCUAAGUUACGUACUCACUGAAGUAUCAUCUUUGGGUUUUGGAUGCAAAGCACUUCCGUAGUUCACUUUGUACACCUUUACAUCAGGUAUAUGGUACCUGACAUAACUUCUUCCCUGGAACCAGUUACGGCAUUCUGACCAAUUUGAUAGAUGUCACUGUAACACUUUGAUAGUGUUUUAGCAAUGAAUUUGGUACCUCAUGUUCGGUGGAGGGCUUACUGAUUUUAUUUUUUUUUUUUUAACUGGUAACAAGCAAUUGCUCCUGUUUUCUUUGAGGAUGAGUUAUACAGCUGUUUUGACAUUGUACUUCAGAAUGAGAAUGAAGAGCUCUGCUUCUGUUCCUCUAGCCACUCUGAUGCAUGAGACCUCUGGGAAGAGGGGGGACAUGCAUGUACCACCUCUGACGUGUGUAUGAGAGAGAACUACCAACAUAUCAUAUCAUGAACAGCUUCAGUUACCUCUCAAAGCUUAGAUAUGUGGUGGAGUUCGAUCAUCAGUUCCCUGUAUAAAAACUGUUAAACAGGACUACAAAAUUGGUCUUGUUCUUUGAGCUGUUAAAAAGUUUAAACCUAUGACUUCCAAACUUGUGGUUUGGUUCAUUCAUAUGGCUAGAAGCAACAACGUUUAGCUUUUUCGUCAAGCAGGCCUACAUCUGGGAAAACAGCACUCUUUUAGUGCCUUUAUGUUUUAAUUUGUCAUUGGUGAAUACUGUUCAAAAGCUAAUGAGAGCAUUCGCUUCAUAAAAUACAUAAGAUCAGCCCCAACCUUCCUUUGGAGUCUAAAAGUCUUUGUUUCGUUUACUAGCAUGUAUGUAUAAGCAUGCUUUGUAUUACAGGGUUACAUUUUCAAGCAUGAUUAGGCUGUGCUCUGCACAUAUCCUUUAAACACAUGUAGAAAUAUUGAUAGUCUCGUUCCUCUGUCCUGUCUGCUGGCAAGGGAAUGCUGAAUGUUGGGGUUUUUCUAAUUGGUAAAAUUCCCAUUUAUUCAAACUGAGCAAAAGCAAUCAGAUUCUAUUCCCUGCUGCUUUUGGUCGUUUGCCUUGCACAAUUUAAUGCCACACUAUUCUUGUGUCUGUAUAAUCUUUUCAAAUGAUGAGACUUUCAGUUUAGCAGUGCUAACCAAGUACUGGUACAUUUUUCUUAAGAAACAUAUUUAGCAUCUUUGUCUUGAGCUUUGCAAUAUAGGCUUAUGAAUAAAGAUUUUUUUUUGUACUGACAACAGGAUAUUGACACUCCACUGCAUUUCACUUUUACCUAGACUUUAGCGCACCGAAGGUGGCAAAAGGCUGAUGCUUACAGUAUCCCUGGCUGAGAUAAGUAACAGUUAACUCAGUCUCCGCUUCUAGUAGCUGUGAAGAAAUGUGAAGUUACAGCAAUAUACACAGCUAGUCAGUAUAGCUCUAAAAGUGCAAGAAUCAUGACUCUGGAGCAAGUUAAUGAAGGAAAAAUCCAUACGGGUUUGAAUGCUGACACUGAUCAAAUAUGCAAUAAGAUGGAUGUGGAGCCUCUGCGCAGCUCAUCUGCUCUAGCCAAACAACUUCCUUCUCCCGUCCUUGCUGUAUGUAGGUGUACAUUUCACUCCCCAAAGUUAUUUUCAGGCUCUUUGUUUUUAAACAGCCAAUGCUAUUUUUUUUUAAUGUUGCUGUGACAUAGCUGCCAAUAAUGCUGUCUGCCUAGUGUAUAACUUUAAUCAUCUUAGCAGUAGCAGGCCAAAGGUUUAUAUUCUGUGGUUUGGAAGAGUUUUGGAAUGCUGAUGUCUUCUGUCAAUGCAUAAUUUUUCCUGAAGGAAUCUGUAGUAAAAUCUCUGUCCAGGGCGCUUCGUGCAAAAGCGAAGCUGUAUGUGUGAAAGCAUACUUGUGAUAAGACCUGGGUUGUGAUUGCUGGCAGUCCAAUAUACUCAUGUCUUUGAAUAUUUUAACCAAGGAUCUUCUGAAAUGUUACCGGUGGGUAAGCACUUAACUUUGAAUUGACCCAUUCAAGUCUGAAACCAUACAAAGGCAACAGGUUACACAGUUGGUCUUGUUUUGUUUAGUAGCACCUAUUUUUAAAACUGUUUAUUGCCUUUUUUGUUGCAGCCGUUCUCUUGAAUGUAUUUUGGGUUCUUUGGGUUCUUAUUUUAAACACAGUCAUAUCACUUUGCAGGGGCUCUGUAAGUCCAGGAUAAGCAGUAAUUACUGAUGUUGUACAUGACGGUUAAUUUAAAACAGUUACUGCAAUGAAGGCUGGAACGAACACAAUUGUAGAGCAGUGGGGGGAAAAAAAAGACAAAAGCUAUUGCUAAAAUGAGUGUAAACAAUUUUGUUCAUGUUGAAUUGCGUAAUUCAGACCUGUUGGGGAGCCACUAAGGUUAUUAUCGUGGUGACUUUAUGUUUGCCCGUGAGGCUAAUUCUAUGCAGUUUAUCCACUAAGCACUGCUGCUGUAGCUGUUUGCAGUAAAUGCCGUAUACUGUGCUGCAAUCUGUGAGCAACUUGCUGCUUAAUAUCAGGUUUUACACUGAACUAGACCUGUGUGUGUACUUCUGUUUUGUUUGGGAAUGACCGGCAUAAAGAACGUGCUCAAUGCGGUCAUUUGCUUCUUCAGUGUUAACAAUAAUGUACCUAAAGCUUCUGUGGUUGUCUAGUUUCAUCGUUAACGGUUCUUUUAACUGACUGCACAGAUGAAAAAUAAAGUAACCAAACUUGAUAUGAA